CUUGACGUAUUGAAUCACUUCCGGUUUCAACAUGGCAGAAUGGCUGUCAAGUUGCGCCGAGAAACAAUUUUCCACCCAUUAUAAACAUCUAAAGAAGAUGUAUUCAUCGGGACUGAUGUCCAAGACUGUUAUUAUAUUUCUUCUACUGUCCGGGGUUGGUGUCGCUUACCUUGUCACCAAUAUACCCCGUCUGAUGACUAUUUUCAUUCUCAUCAGAAAGCAGCUGUCAACUUCUCAGAUGCGAUCACCUUCCAUCUCCUUCAUGCCACCUGAAACAUCGCUAGUUAUACGACCGAAAAACAAAUUGACGAUUAGCCCAGAGGUCCAAAAGGAGGCUGUGGCAGCACUGACAGUGGCCCUGGAUCUUCAGUCACAAGGGAAAACUGAAAAGGCCAUAAAAGUCUUUCAACAUGCUCUUGCUCUGGACCCUUUACACGCUGACAUCCUAACAGCCUAUGGAGAGUUCAUUGAACAACAUGAAAAUGAUGUAGUUAAAGCUGACCAUUUAUACCGAAAAGCUCUCCAUGCCCAUCCAGAACAUGAAAAAGCUUUGGAAAACCGACGCAGAACACAACCAGUUGUAGAAGAAAUAGACCAAAGAACUUUCAACAGAAUCGAUCAGAAACGGGAUAAACUGUAUCGUGUACCUCCAAAUCAUCCAGGUUUGCGGCGAGCUAAAAAAGAGUCCUAUUUCUAUCAUAUAUUUCAUUCUAAUGCUAUUGAAGGAAAUACUCUGACAUUAGCACAGACUAGGUCAAUUAUAGAGACGCGAAUUGCUGUGGGAGGAAAGAGUUUGGCGGAGCAGAAUGAGGUCUUGGGUCUCGAUGCUGCUCUAAGUUACAUAAACAGUACUCUACUGGGUCGUGUAGGGCAGUUGUGUUUAGAGGACUUGUUAGACAUUCAUCGUCGAGUCCUAGGAUAUGUUGAUCCCACGGAAGCAGGGAGAAUCCGAAAAACUCAGGUGUUUGUGGGAGAUUUUCAACCCCCUCCACCUCAAGAUGUGCCAAUGUUAAUGAACCAAUUUGUUGAUUGGUUGAAUGCAGAGGAAGCAUUAGAACUCCAUCCAAUAGAAUUUGCUGCUCUUGCGCAUUACAAACUUGUGAUAAUUCACCCAUUUUAUGAUGGCAAUGGGAGGACUUCAAGGCUGUUGAUGAAUCUGAUUCUGAUGCAGGCAGGAUUUCCGCCUGUGACGGUGAAGGUUGAGGACCGUCUGAGAUACUAUGAGACAAUUCAGAUGGGAAAUGAGGGUGAUAUUCAUCCUUUCAUUCGUUUUAUGGCUGAAAGUACGGAGAGAACUUUGGAUGAGUUUUUAUUAUCUGCAAUAGAGAAUCCAGUUUCUCAUUCUCAUCAAAUAAAUCAGACCAGUAAUAAAGGUCGUGUCAUUGACAUGGAUGAAGAAGAAGAAGAAGAUGAGGAAUACGAUGAUGAGGAAGAUUAUGGAAGUGAUGAGCAGGAGGAAACUGGGGAUUGAAAGACUACAAAUAUGUUCAUCAGAUAUGAUCAGAUGAUGAUUAUCAUGACUAUUGUUUUGGAAGUUGUUUUAUUCCAAUUACGGUAUUCGACGUAAUAAGCGCCCCGCUCUAAUAAGCGCCCACGGCGGUAUUUGCUAAUAUAUUAGCUAGUGAACAAUCCCAAUUAGCACCCCUUCCGAUUGAUCAAGACUUAUUUAUUCGUGUAUAAUACGCACGGUGUUAUAUGCACCAUUAAUUAUGGGCAAUUAAAUUCUGUCGUAUAUAAACAUUUCAAGUUGUCAGCAUAAACCCUGAAAUUUAAAUUCUUUUAACUCUGUUUUCUUCACCAAAAUAAUAUUCUAAUAAGAGUCCUUUAUUUCUAAUUUUGAGAGCACCCUGGGAGCUUAUUACGUCAAAUACGGUAAUAGAUAUACAAAAUCUGAACCAAAAGUGAUGAAACAUGAUAGUGGUAAAAGAUAGAGCUAUUGGCUUGAUGGUGUGUUUUUUUUCACUUUGAAAUAUUAAUAUGAUAUUAGGAAUAAUACAUGAAGCUGAAACAAGUCCCUGGAAAGUCAAGGGGUAUUUGUGAAAAUCCUAUAUUGUUUCAUCAAGAUCAAGACUUUGGUGUAUUGUUUGUAGUAACCAUGCUGAAAAGUAAUGUGUGUCAGGACAGAAUUCUAUUUAGGUUAACAAAAUCAACUUGGUUUCGGGUAGACAUGGUCUGUCUGACCAUUCAUCUCAUGUACAGCCAUGAUAUUUUCAUCACAUUGGUCUCUUGUCAGAAAAGUUAUGAAACAUUAUGCUAAUAUUAAAAAUAAAUAAUUUCUUGUUUACAUAUCUGAUGAGGAUGGUGACCACGGUUACCUGAGGACAUUUAUGUUUACCUUGCAAUUCUUCUCUGCAUGUUUUGUUUACCAGUCAGGAAACAUACAAACAGUCUCCACACCCCUGUCUUAAUGAUAUGAUUAUUGGCUACCUGUUGGUUCAAGACUUAGCAUGAUGCAUUUUGUUGGUUUUGUAAUAUCCAUCUGGAGUAAUGGUGUUUACUCCAUAUAUAUUUAUCUCUGUGUAGUCAGUGACAAGUGCUAUUGUAUAUGUGUGUAUGUGACAUAUCAGCCACUGAGCUGUGACAAUGUUAUGAACAUGAUGAACGUGUGGCGGAGUUUCUGAACGUGUUCACUUUAUCAAUGUUUAUGUGAUAUGUUCAGGUGAACCUGUUAGCUAUGCUGUGAUUGAAUGUAUACUUAUUUCUUAGCUCUAUUGUGAUAAGAAUUCAGAAAGAAAAAGUAAUUGAUUGGAAAGUUUAGUAGCGACAUGACUCAAAGCAUCACAAUAUAUAUCAAUUAAUAACAAAUGAGUUAUUUUGUAUGUUUGUAGAAAAAACAUUUCUAUCGAGACCUGCAAUUAUUCAACUUCUUGCUAAAUAAUAACUAGGCUGAUCCAUAAAAUGUUUACGAUUGAAUGGUUUGCCUUCAUAUUGUCCAUCUUGUCCAUGGUAAUCUUGCCUUUCUUUGGCAGUGAAUUAAUAAUGUGGUAUCAGUAUUCAUAAAUUUUUUAUCAAUGCACGUUAACGAUACAUUGAUGUUGUGAUCUACGAUGAAUUCCCUAAAGAAAACCCAUAGUCUUAUCAUGCUUAUAAUCAAAAUAAUCAUAAUAAUACAAGAAUAUUUGUGUAUCUACUUUACUUUUUUUAUUAGUGUAACUGGGGGCACAGGUGGCCCAGUCGUCUAAGGCGCUGCGAUUCGCUGUGCAGAGUUGCGUCCCUUGGGCAUGCUAGAAACCUAUGAUUGUGGGUUUGAAUCCCAGUUCG